AGAUACGACUGGUCUAAUCCACCACGUGUCAAUUUAACUGUUUUGGGCUCUAUAUAUAUGCUCCAUUCUCAUCUUGGUUCUUCGUUUCAGGUUGAAUUGGGGCAAUUGAACAGAGAAAAAGAAUCUGAUCAAAAGAAAAACAGAGAAAAAGGAAGUGCAGAGAAAGAGAAACAGAGUGGUUAAGAGGAACCCGGAAAGAAAAAGAAGAGGGUGAAAGAAGGAGGGUGAAGGGUUUUAGUAAGAGAGUGUGUGUUUUGUGAAUGAAGAGUGGUCAAAAUUUGGAAUUGCCUGCGGGAUUCAGAUUCCAUCCGACGGAUGAGGAGCUGGUGAUGCAUUAUCUGUGCCCGAAAUGCGCUGCGAAGAGUAUUUCUGUUCCAAUUAUAGCUGAGAUUGAUCUUUACAAGUUUGAUCCAUGGCAGCUUCCUGGUAUGGCUCUUUACGGUGAAAAAGAGUGGUACUUUUUUUCUCCAAGGGACCGGAAGUACCCAAACGGUUCACGGCCGAACCGGGCCGCCGGAACCGGAUACUGGAAAGCGACCGGAGCUGAUAGGCCAAUUGGGAAGCCGAAAGCUGUCGGAAUAAAGAAGGCACUGGUGUUCUACGCCGGUAAAGCACCUAGAGGAGUGAAAACCAAUUGGAUAAUGCACGAGUAUCGCCUAGCUAACGUGGAUAGGUCCGCCGGCAAGAGAACCAAUUUGAGGCUCGAUGAUUGGGUAUUAUGUCGGAUAUAUAACAAGAAAGGUACCCUCGAGAAGCACUACAGUGGCGAUCAAAAUAUAUCGAAAUUCUCAGAGAUAGAAGAAGAAGAACAAAAGCCGAAGAUCAUGUCAUUUGCUCAUAAUGGAGUAACAUUACUGCCUCCACCACCACCACCAACCAACAUUCCCCAACAGAUGAUGAAUGACUACUUGCAUUUUGACACGUCGGAGUCAACACCAAGGUUACACACGGACUCGAGUGGAUCCGAGCACGUGGUGUCGCCGGAAUUCACGUGCGAAGUUCAGAGUGAGCCCAAAUGGUGGAGUGAGUUGGAGAAUACCCUCGAUUUCCCGCUCAAUUACAUGGAUGGGUUUGAAGAUAACUCUUUUGCUUCAAGAAUGCAAUACACUGACCACCUGUGGCCAAUGCAGGACAUGUUCAUGAACUUGCAGAAGCCCUUCUAACCCAUGGAUCAAAUCUACUUGUCCCUAUACCCAUGAGGUGUCAUUAGUCUUAGCAACUUGAAAAAUAGUACUAGUCAAGUAUGAUGGCAUAUUUACAGACCAAAAAAAAGGUCUAAUGGGUUGGAUCACAUGAGCCAAAUGGGCGUAGGCAGAGAUAGUCUGAUGGUUUGAUGGGCUGAUCACUCUGAUGGUGGUGCAUAGCUGGAGCUGCAAGACUUGGUGAGGGAUAAAAGGGUUGAUAGAUUGAUGUGGCCUAUGUUAGUAUAUAUAUAUAUAUAUAUAUAU